AUGGCAGAUAAACCCACUAUUCAGAAGCAUGAAAAAUCCAUUGCAGCGUUGGAAGAAAAGCUGGGCACAUUUGAAAGUUUUAACACAGCGACUCAAGAACAAAUGGGUCAGCUAAAGAUGGAUGUGGCGAUGGUGAGACAGAGUAAUUUUGAGGUCAAAACUCGUCUAGAUGAGCUUACAGCGUUACUGAAGAAGGAGGUUCUGGGUAGGGCUUCAAUACCUGGGGGAAAUGAUGCUCCAACUUCAGAUAUCGUCACACUGGUAAGCUCUAAUCCACAAACUCCUACUCAUAUUGCUACUAUUGAAAGCUCUGUUAGCUCUGGUGACAUGAGUAAUUUUCGUAGCAUUAACUGGAGUGGCUCAACCAUCACACCUUUUCCACGACCCAUAAACCCUUCCCAGCCUACUCUACACACCACCAUAAACCCCACCACUCCUCCUGGCUUUUUUGUUCCUCAAACCCAGUUUUUAACCAACAGCUGGCCAAACACCUCUUUCCCUAUGCCCCAACCUACAACGGGUUUGGCAUCUUACCAACCACCAUACAUUCAGUCCACUUUAAACCCCUAUGCUCUGCCUUUAUACCCUCACUUCACCCAAAACUCAGUUUCAACACCACAAAACCACUACUCCACUUUUAGUCAACCAACUGCAAACCCCAUCCAUCCCAACUCAAACCCACAAAACAUUGGGUUUAUACCCUCUAUCACCACACCGUACAAAACCCCAAAGCUGGAUUUCCCAAAGUUUGAUGGAAAAGACCCGAGGGGGUGGUUAAACAAGUGCGAAAAGUUUUUUCAGUUAAACCCCACUACUGAUCUGAGGUCAAGGGUCUUAUGUGCAGCUUUACACAUGGAGAAUGAUGCUGAUAUAUGGUAUAGAACAGUAGAAAGGGAGAAAUCUAAUUUGUUGUGGCCGGAAUUUUGUAAUCUGGUUUGUCAACGAUUCUCGAAGGUGGGCUAUGAAAACCUGGUGGGGCAGUUCAAUAAAUUGACACAAAAGGGGAGAGUGGAGGAGUAUAUAACUCAGUUUGAUGAGUUACGAAAUUAUGUUAUGGCAGAAGAGGGUUUCCACCGAGAAUCUUACUAUAUUGACAACUUCAUUAGUGGCCUUAAAGAUGACAUUGCUCAACACUUGUACAACCAGAAACCCAAGACUAUGCAGGAGGCAAGAGAUCUGGCCAGAGGCCAAAAGUUUUUUCUCACUGUACUGGACAAACGCUACAGAGCCAUGGGAACACAUACCAAAACCCUGCCAAAAUCCUACCCUACUAGAAGUUUCAGUGAUAACACAGGGUCUAAACCUCCCACAGAGGGUUUUAAGAAGUUGUCUCUGGCUGAGCUAACUGAAAAAAGGCAGAAGGGAUUAUGCUACCACUGCGAUCAAAAGUAUGAGCCAGGGCAUGAUUGCAGAAAGAAAAAAUUGUUUGUCCUCAUUGGAGAUGAAGAGGUAGCUGCAGUACAGAAUGAAGAAGAAUUAACUAUUACCUGGGAAGGUUGUAACACAGAACAACCACAGGAAGAUGAAUGUGCAGCGGCUAAGGUCUCGCUACACGCCAUGAAUGGUUCUCAGGGCAGCGGAACUAUUAAAUUGCAGGGGAACAUCCAAGGGCACCUUGUUAAUAUCUUAGUAGACAGUGGCUCUACGCAUGAUUUCAUGUCCCAGAACUUGGCAAAAAGGUUGCAACUCAAAACAAAUCCCUGUGCACCUUUUAGCAUUACAGUUGCCGACGGAAACAAGGUCCAGUGCAAUACAACGGUGGAGCCAGUUAAGUGGAGCAUGGCAGACGAGGUGUUUUCCACCAAUAUGCACCUUAUUCCUCUGGGGGGUUAUGACAUCAUUUUGGGUGCUCAAUGGAUGACUACGGUGAGCCCCGUUACCUUUGAUUACGCCAAGGGCAUGAUUACAGUAAACCACCAAGGCAAAAGGGUGGGUUUACAACAAUUCACUAACCCUGCAAAGGUGCAAUUGCGUCUGAAGAAAGGAAAUAAUAAGUUUCACAAAGAAGAGGCCUAUUUCCUCAUUCAAGUAACAACACUUGAAGGUCUCCCCAACGUCACAGAUAAGCUCCCUAAUAACAUCAGUCAAGUAUUGGAAGACUAUGUUGAUGUUUUCGCUUCGCCCACUCAACUGCCUCCUCCCCGAAACCAUGAUCACCACAUUCCCCUCAAGGCUGGUAGCGAACCAGUGAACUCUCAUCCUUACAGAUGUCCUCUAGCACACAGAGAAGAAAUUGAAAAAAUCACCAAGGAAAUGCUCGAGGCUGGGGUAAUCAAGGCCAGCACAUCCCCCUACUCAUCCCCUGUUCUCCUGGUGAGGAAGAAGGAUAAUACUUGGCGGUUGGUGGUAGAUUACAGGGCACUCAACGCCAUAACAGUCAAGAAUAAGUUCCCAAUUCCCGUCAUUGAAGAAUUACUAGCAGAACUCAAAGGCAGUACUGUAUAUUUCAAGCUUGAUCUUCGUAGUGGGUACCAUCAAAUCAAGGUCCAUGAGAAUGACACUUACAAAACUGCAUUCAAAACUCACCAAGGCCAUUUCGAGUUUUUAGUUAUGCCUUUCGGUUUAACUAACGCCCCCGCAUCCUUUCAAGCUUUGAUGAACGAAGUGUUUGCUGAGUAUCUUCGAAAAUUCGUACUAGUAUUUUUCGAUGAUAUUCUAGUUUAUAGCAGUAAUCUGGAAGAGCAUGAGCACCAAUUGAAGCUGGUCUUUGAUAAAUUGCGGGCUCACAAAUGUUUGUUAAGAGAAGCAAGUGCGAAAUCGCUAGAGAAGAAGUUGAAUAUUUGGGACAUAUCAUCAGUUGUAAAGGGGUUGCUGCUGAUCCAAACAAGGUUAAAGCCAUGA